AAGUUGAGCAUCCGUGUCCGCAACAAGGCCCUAUCGAGAGCCCAUGUUCGUGUGGUGGAGGCGAGGGAGCGGAAGACAGUCGAGCAGGAGCUCGAGAAGGCCGUGGAAAAGGGGAAGAAGAUGGAGCGGGGGGGUGGAGUCACGGCUGGGUUUGGCGGCGUUGAGAUCGGCCUGGAGGCCAACAGGGGCACAGAAACACGUAAGAACGGGAGGGCUCCACCCCAGCGAAGUUGGGGCAGGGCUCCUAUUGUCUUGUGUAUGUGUUCAGGUGACAAGACGGAGGAGAAGAGCCGUGUUCACAUUCAGUAAUCAUUGAAGAGUCGGCCUUUCAGCUGCUCAACCAACUCAUACACCCAGAAGAGCACCCCAAUGGCAUCGCAAUCAUAAGGGUGAGGGAAGAGCCCAUGGAUCUGCAGAGGUCGUUCACUUGCCCCGCUGCUCAUUUGUCAAUUGUCGUCAGGGUAACCCGCCAUUUGUGUCGCUUCUGACCGAGACCAUCGAGGCCGCAAACAUCGAGGCCAAAGAGGCGGCUUUUCGUCUCAACAACGUCGCCACAAGGCUUGUCUUGACAUCGGCGAAGAGCAUGGCUCUCGGGGUGUCAGUCGGGCUCGAAAAGAAGAAGGGACGGGAGACGCAUGAGGAGGCCGACCCCUCGCAGCUGUGGAUCAAGCAGACGGACACCUUUUGCCCCAAAGGCGCUUUCCGUUUGGUGCCGAAGGCUUUCCCUGACAAGACACUGGCGGUGAGCCAAUUGAUGGGCAACAAGCUCGUCCUCGAUUCCCCAACGGCCGAGACAGACGCCAAGAACACCAAGGGAGAGGCGAAAUUUGAACAGUGUCAUGGUCUCUGCAGAAGAUGUCCAAGCCCCCCAGCCGACGACAGGGGGCCUCUGCGCUCUCUGUUGUCAGAUCUGCAAGGACCAGGUCCGCGUCUCGCCCGACAUAGAAUUCGACGAAAGAGGCGAGCAGAGGAGGGGAAGCAGUCAGUGCGACGAGCAGACAGUUGCCGUCAAGUGUCACGGCCUGCCGGAUUACGUGGUGGGAGUCAAGACCUCUGGCAACACCAAAACUCUGGUGCUGGUGAAAGAAGACAAAGGCGUCCCAAAGGAGGCCCUGUGGCGUUGCAGCCAGCCGAUUGUGGCCGAGAAGGGUAAAAAGGCGCUGACAGACAGUGCCUGCAAGCACACGACAUAUCUUCUGCCUCAGGUCAAGAUGUGCUCACCGAAGCUGCCACGACGGAGGAGGUCGGCGAGGUGCAUUCACUGAUGUCACUCACGUAUCCUGACCAUAUGUUUCCUGCAGAUGAGCCUGUUCGAGGCUUGUGCGGAGGGCAAUAAGGAGGCUGUCCUUCGAGCCAUCAAGGCGAAGGGCGUCAAGUGCUUGGAGGAAACCGAUGAGGUGAGACACAGGUGUGCUUCACCCACACUGGGGCGAACUUUGGUAUUCGUGGCUUGCAGGAGGGAUUCACGCCCCUUCACUAUGCUGCGCAGAACGGCCACGAGGUGAUUGUGAGAGAGAUAGUGGCCAAAGGAGGGAAAGGCCUCAUCAAAAAGCAAACGAAAGUGAUGGUGAGCAGAGAUGCACUAUCAAUGAUCGGCAGCAUGAGUCUUAGGUGGUAUCGAUUGCUGCAGAACGAGCCAACUGUGUUGCAUUUGGCUGUCGGGAAGGGUCAUGUGGCAAUCGUGACGGCGCUUCUUGACGUGGGAGGUGCAGAUUUGUUGACGACACUCAUCGACAAGGUAGGUAGAGGUAAACACGUAUGAAGCCGCAGUCUGGCCACAACACCGGUUGCAUAUCCUCUUACAGAACCUGCGGACGGCUUUUUUGCUUGCCGCGUGGAUGUGCCACCUGGAUGCGAUGCGGGCCAUGUACGCAGUGAUGGAAAAGCAGCGUCGAGGCAAAACGCUGCUCGACCAGCAGGCGAGAGUACGAACCGAACAACGGAGAAAUGCAUCGCAACUCGAAAUCAAACUGAUGUCUCUCUAUAUGGAUGCAGCACGGGAACUACGCUAUUCACUACGCGGCCUUCAAAGGUCACCUUGCUGCGAUCCAACAGCUGAUCGGCUGGGGCGGACCGGAAGAGCUCGAUCGGAGGAACAAGGUGAGAAAAGCACAUACGAGGUGAAAAAAAGGCAUCGUAUCGAUUGUAUAGUGCGAUGGUCACCAUAUUUAUCCCUGUGGUUGGCGGCUCAGUUUAACAGCACUCCAUUUCAUAAGGCUGCAACGGAGGGUCAUCUUGACGCCAUGCGGGCCAUGCGGGCCAUGCAUGCAAAGAAAGGAAAGCCCCUCCUCGACCAGGAAGACAACGUAAGUGACACUACUAAGUGAGGAAGGGGAAAUACUGAUCGGUGGACGACCGAAAUUGCUUGAUGUGUGCUAAUAGGAUGGGAGCUGUGCGAUCCAUUACGCCGCCUGGAAGGGCUACAAGGCCAUGGUUAUUCAGCUCAUCGACUGGGGAGGCGUGGGCGAGCUCGAGAAAAAAGGAAAGGUCCUUCCAGACCAUCCAGUGCAUCUUUCGACCAACAAAGUGAUUCCCUGUAAUAUCUGUGUCCGCUCUUGCUGUGUCACCCAGAACCAGCACACGCCAUUUCACCUUGCUGCUCAGGUUUGUGAUGUCAUUCAUAGGAGACAUAUAAUUGUCUCUUCCAUGUGGAACGCAGUUCGGUCAGGUCGACGUGAUGGAGGUGAUGUAUGCUAAGGGGGGCAAAGGGCUGCUGGAACAAAAGGGCAAGGUAGAGAGCAACAGAUUCGAUCGGCUCUCCUCUACCUGUGUGUGUGUGUGUGUGUGUGUGGCAGAACGGCAUGUACGCCAUUCACUGGGCAGCUGUGCAGAAUCACGUCGCUGUCGUGAAGAAGCUGUUUGAGUGGGGAGGUGCAGCGGGAGAGCUGGAGCGUCGCAAGGAUGUAGGGAAAGUCACCCAUGCAAUGAAUAUUCUACUAUCCGUGUAUGUCUGCUGUUUGUUAUGCUGCCAUGGCUAAGAACGACAACACGGCGUGGUUGAAUGCUGCGAGUUGCGGCCACGUUGAUGUGAUGGAGGCAAUGUACGCAGCUGCAGGAAAAACCCUGCUGGAUCAACAGAACAGAGUGAGCUCACUGAGCUGAGACACCAACCAAUACACACAUGGAAGGAAAUGGCAUGUCUAUGUCGACGUGAUGUGGUUGCGUGGAUGCAGAACGGGUAUUGUGCCAUACAUUUCGCCAGCCAGAAGGGGCACGUUGAGGCAGUGAAGCUCUUGGUAUCUUGGGGCGGCACUGAACAGCUGACGACAAAGAAGACAACGCAGGGCAAGACCCCCAUGGACUUGGCGCAGAGCGAUGAAAUGCGCAAGCUGAUUGACAGCUACAAAUAGGUCAUUUUCUGGUGUCUUAGGUGCGUCUGAUGGCGCUGGUGUGCCCUGUGUCCUAGGCAGAAGGACAUGGAGACAUCAUUAAUUAAUUGUCACUAGCGCUAGCCCGCACACACAAUGGCAUACCG